GUACGACUACUUCCCUCAGCUCGCCAAGUUCGUCUUGCGAAUGGCGGGCACUAUCCACGAAGGCGUUGUCGAAGCAUUCAAAAGCCUAGUUAUGGAGCAGUUGAUCGAUAUACGGCGAGGUAACGACCAAGUCGCUGCCGGUUUUGCUCGGGGCGUACGCGGAGCAGGAAGCCCCAAGAUUGAGAGUGAUGAUAGUUCCCAUUACCCAGACGGGUCGUUUGCGCACGAAGAUACGGGGGUAGCAUGUGUUAUCUUGGAGGCCUCCCAUUCACAAGAACGACAAGAUUUGCCAUUCCUUGCAGAUGAUUACAUCCUAGGUUCAAAUUGGCGGACCCAAGUCGUUAUUGGGGUUGACCUUGAAUACCGGGAGAAGGGAAAAGAAGCCAGGGUCACUGUGUGGCGACCAAGAUAUAUUGAGGAAGAUGGGGAAGCCGUACUUGAAGCAGCUGAG